GGCCCGGCUUCGUAUCGAGUACGUGGUCAUUCAAUCAUUUCGUUCAAUUACUACCUCUCAUCCCCCUCUUCCCUUCCCACUCCUCUCUUCUCUCUCGAUCAGUACCUCAUUCUCACUCUGCUGUCUUAGACUUGCGUGCAUCGACACUUCGAAGCUCUAGUAGCCGAUUACGUACGUUCGUUCUCGCAGCCUCGAUUGAAGUACAGUGCCCGCCACAGCCUCGAUCCCAACAGUCCUGACGUGCUCUCGUUUUCGUCUGUCGCGUCUCACUGUUGCCCUGUGGCAUUGGCACCAUGCCCACAUACACCACGGUUGUGGGCUGGGCGGCCCUGCUCGCCGUCGGUGCCUUCUUCUACUACACCUGGCCAUCUAAAACACCCAGCAAGCGCAGCCGUGCCAACUCGAAGGCCAUUGCAAAACAACCCGACACACCGAAAGCUACAAAGGCGAGAAAGCCCAGGAAGGAUGGAGCCCAGAGCAGUGGGGACCAAGCCAAUGAAAAGAAGAAGGCCCUGCCUGUCUUAGAGGAGACAUGGUCUGCUCCCCAGUCUUCUGAUCGCGACGACGAUGAGAUCGACAACCGGGAGUUCGCGCGUCAGUUGUCAAGCGCAAAGGCCGGAACCCUUCUACCAGCCAAAGCCCAACCAGAUAGCAAACAGAGAUCGGUCAGGCAAUCACGCGCGCAAGAGAAGCCCGCCCCGGUGGAGACAAGCUCUGAUGCGACUGCCCCCUCUUCAGCUGCAGGUGGAGAUGCAGAUGACGAUCGAUCUUCCUUCAACUCGCCAGAGCUGCGCGCAUCGAGCGCCGAUGCACUGGUGACCAACGGUGGCAUAUCCGACAUGCUCGAGGCACCUGCCGCAGGCCCAUCUGUGUUGCGGAUAACUGCACCAACCACCUUGCCUAAAUCCAAGAAGCCAAAGACGCAGGCCGCUUCCGAACCCGCCGAGACAAAGAAGCAGAGACAAAAUCGGAAGAAGGCGGAACUAAAGAAGUUGGCCCGUGAGGAGGAGGAGAAGGAACGGAAGGUCUUGUUGGAGAAGCAAAGACGUACGGCGAGGGAGGCAGAGGGCAGAGCUGCAAAGGACGGUAGCAAUUUCAUGGCUGCAAAGACCCCAGCUACCACUGUCUGGACUGCUCCUCCAGUGGCCACAAAUGGUAAAACGGAAGCAAAGAAUGAGAGCACAAUUGAGCUACUCGACACUUUCAGCCCAUCCAACAGCAAGACCGCAGGAAGUUCAGCGGCAGAAGUCCAGUAUUCCGAGAGUGAACAAGCUGGCAGUGACUGGCAGAAAUUAGCUUCGGCUUUGCCGUCCGAAGAAGAACAACUGCGCCUUGCAUUGGAAGACUCGGAUAACUGGGAGACGGUGCAGACAAAAGAGAAGCGGAAAGGCAAGAAGACUUCUCAACCUCAGCAACAAGAGAAGAUUGAAGUCACCCGUGAGGAGAAAUCAUCCUACGAACGGCCUCCACUCGUCCCCCCUACCGGACCUGGCAAGCAAUGGGAGGUACAUCUCGAAUCCACCGACGACGACGGCAACGUGCGGGAGUACGUGAAGGUUCUUCAAGAUUCAGAGUGGGAGGUAGCUUAGAUAUCGGGAUUUACGCGGUAUUCAGUUGGCGGCUCUUACCAUCCUAGCAGCAGCAGCAGCAAAAUCGCAUCACCGAAGGGUUCCUUCUCUACACCUUUGCGUUCUGGAUCUGCGCCAAUUUCUUUCCGGUUAUGCGUACAUUACACGCCAUUUGCGACAUUCCCAGCAGGGCCAUUCCGAGGCUCUGUGUCUCUUUGCAUUACUGACACAAAGGAUGGGGGCAUAUUGCAUAAGCCUUGGUGCAUCUUGUAUUUCACAGUUUCUUUGUAUUUAUGGCAAGGCGUCGGGGCCGUUCUCACAAGGGGGUAUAACGUCAGGUUAUCCAAAAGUCGCUAGGAUUUGAGAUGCUCCUUUAGGACUGUCUCACCAAACUGUACCAUCAGAGCUACUGCCGUUGAGCAGCGACUCAUCAUAUUGUUGUGUGUAGAAAAUGAAUUUCCAAACAUUCCCUUCCCCCUUUGAGGCU